AUGUUGAACCCAACCCCUCGCGUCAAGUCGGCCUCAUGGCUCGGCCUUGUACUAUUAUCCUGCUUGCCAUUCCUUGUCGUCGCUGAAGAAGAACCGGCGCUCGCAAAAUUCGGAGAUGUGAUCAAGGUUUUUGGGCAGAUGACCCGGACUGAUCAAGACUUCACCGACGGACUCGCCCUGGAUCUGUUCUCGCCAAAGAACCGCACCCUGGUGGUGACUAGCAACACGUCACCGCUGUCCGGAACGUUCGUCCAGGGUAGCACGGGCGAGGGUUGGGUGAACCUGUCCAAGUACAGCUGGAUCAUCAAGUUCAACGAGUCCGCCCGGGACCUGAUCGCCAAGAUCGAGCUGCCGUACGAUCCCGUGGCGCUCGCCAAGGAAGGCGUCGACCCGGCCAACACCUACGUGGGCACCCUGGCCGCCGACAAGAAGUCCUGGAUCGUGUCAGAGACGCAGAGAAACGUUCACGUCACGGAGAAUAAAACGCGAAUCAUCAAGAUGACGUCCAUGGACGGCGAGUACAUGCUGCUCGGGCGCAGGUCGGCUGACACAGCCAACAUAUUCGUGCAGUACGGCCAGGGCGCCACCAGGACGGUCAACGUGACCGCCGGCGCCGGCGACGCCCAGGAGGCUGAGUUCGUCGACGGAUUGCGCUUCCGCAUCCAGUCGACAAAGGCGUUUGCGCUCAACGCCGACAUUCCUUUCGGCAUCGACGCCAAGGCCAUCCCGGACUCUUACAAGGCGCUAAACUCGUUUGUCUGGAAGAUCAACUCGACGGCGCCAACCAGCGAGGUCUCUGUGAACAUGACGUUUCCAGUCAACGAGGACAUCUUGCGACAGCGCGUCUCACGCGAGGAGGCCAAGUCCGCCCGCCUGCUCGUCGCCUGGCGCGAAGUCGAGGCCAACACCACCGCGCGCUUUGAGCCGCUCAAGACCCAGCACUUUGACAAGUACGCCAAGGUCGUCCACGCGCGCGCCGCGGGCCGCCCGGACGGGCAGUACGUCGUCCUGGUGGCCGCGGCGGAGGCGGGCCGCGCCAAGGAUUGCAAGGCGCCGGCAAAGGGCGGAAAGGCAGUGUCCGAGGCCAGCGUCACAGGGCAGGAGGAUUGUGAAAAGGAAGGGUCGUCUCCGGCGUCCGGAGCGGCCAAGGAGGGUUCGGGCGAGGAGAAGGGGGUUCCGGUGGUGUCAAGCGCAACUUCGCUUUCGGGCUGCCUGGCGGUGGCGCAGCUCCUACUUUUGGGGUUGUUGGUCCUCUGA